AUGAUUGACAAGCUGCUCGGUCAGAUGACCCCGGCGCAGGCAUACCUCAGUCUGCUUGGAGGUCUGUUUUUGCUGGCCUUGUUUCGCAAAUUUCAAGUCUCCAGGCAGGUCGCGCGUCUGGGAAGUAGGGCUGCGCAGAUCCGAUUUCGCCUGCCGUACGCCAUCGAUUUUAUUUAUCGAUCGAGUCAGUCCAACAAGGCCGGCCAAGACCUGGAAUUCUGGGAUCAUGCCAUCAGAACCGCCAAAGGAGCGUCGACGAUCGAUAUUCCCAAGACCGCUGAGCUCGACGCAGGCAUCUCGACCCGAGUGAUCCUCACCAAGGACCCCGAGAACAUCAAAGCAAUCCUCACGGGUCAGUUCUCCGACUAUGGAAAAGGCGAGCCGUUUCAUCGCGACUGGAAGGAGUUCCUGGGCGAUAGUAUCUUCGCCACGGACGGCGAGAUGUGGUCUCGCUCGCGACAUCUGAUUCGGCCCAUGUUUGUUCGGGAACGGAUCGUCGACACGGAGAUUUUCGAGAAGCAUGUUCAACAUCUCAUACCUCUAUUGGAAGGUCAGCGAUCGCCUGUGGCUGGCAAAGGGGUGGACGUUGGUCCUCUCUUCUUUCGCUAUACGCUCGACGCGGCAACCGACUAUCUCCUCGGGCAGGGCACCGACAGUCUCCAGAACCCCAAGACCACUUUUGCAGAGGCAUUCCGAUACGUGCAAAGUCGGCAGGCGGAGAUGUUCCGACUCGGAGUGUUCAAUGUGCUCCUAUCCCGCAAGGAGUUCCGACGUAACCUCAAACUGAUGGACGAUUUCAUCCAACCGUACAUCAAACACGUCCUCUCACUGUCCCCCUCCGAGCUGGACCAGAAACUCUCCAAAAGAGAGACGUUCCUGGAGGCUCUCGCCCGUUUCACAAGAGACCCGCGGGUACUACGGGACCAGCUCGUGGCCAUCCUGCUCGCCGGCCGCGACACAACCGCCACCACGCUCUCCUUCUGCGUCUUCGAGCUCUCGCGCAACCCACACGUCGUCGCCAAGCUCCGUGAUGAGAUCAACGCCCGCCUGGGGCUCGGCCCGGACGCCCAGAAACCCACCUACGCCGACCUCAAGGAGAUGAAGUUCCUCAACGCCGUCCUCAACGAGACCAUGCGCCUCUACCCCGUCGUCCCCUUCAACGUCCGCUACACCCUCCGUGACACCACCCUCCCCCGGGGCGGCGGUCCCGACGGCCUCUCCCCCGUCGGCGUCCGCGCCAACACCCGCGUCAUCUACUCCACGAUGAUCAUGCAGCGCAGCGCCGAGAACUACGACCCCCGGGGCGCCGCUACCUACUUCGAUCCUGAGAAAUGGCUUCCCGAGCGCUGGCUGUCCGGAUGGCAGCCCCGGCCGUGGCAUUUCAUUCCGUUCAACGGUGGGCCUAGGAUCUGUAUCGGGCAGCAGUUCGCGACCAUCGAGAUGGGGUACACCAUUGUCAGGAUCCUGCAGGCGUUUGAGCGCAUCCAGGCCAUGCCGGCGAGUGGGAAGGAUCGCGUCGAAGAUCCGGUUCUGCGGUUCGAAGUCACGCUUAGUCCCGGGUCGGAGAUGAAUUGUGUUUUUGUGAGGGAUGAGCAGAAGACCGGAUGA